UGAAAGAAACUCCACCCCGGCCUUCAGCUCACAUUACAGCUGCCAGCAGUAUUUAAAGGGGCAGUGCCUGAUUUAUUAUUGCACGCUAUAAAUCAUCAAACACUUUCAUUCAAAGCCGUAUCACAGAUGUAUUUAGUUCUGGAGGUCUCAGGGAUCUAAUCUGAUCUGAUAGUACUGGUCCCCUUAUUGCCGGCUUGGUGAAGACGACACCGCUCAUAUCCCCGAGCGGAAAAAGAUGUUCCUCAGCACUGAACCAGAAGGACAAGAUGAGCAGACACGCAAAUACUUUCAUUGCUUGAAGAGACCCUUGGGGAUCUUGUGAGGAUCAGAGGUGAUAUGUCACAUGUGGAAAUGCAUAACUGCACAUCUAAACCACCAUUGAGACAUCCCCAAAGCUUUUUGGCUCACAUACACUGAACGGGAGCAGUACGAGAUUACUCUCAGUUUCCAGAAAUGGGCACUCAACUAAAACAUCUUCAUGCAGAAGAGUCAUGUGAUCCAGAGCUUGAGGAAGCAGAUAUGGGAAGCACAGUGACGCCGCAGGCUCAGGCACGUGCAGCACAACUUGAAGCUCCUGAUGGAGGAUGGGGCUGGGUGGUGCUGGUGGCCACCAUCUUAGUCCAAGCCAUGACCCUGGCCUUCCCAUCCUGCAUGGGCAUCUUCUACACCGACCUUCAGAUUGAAUUCAAUGCCAGCAACAGUGAGACAUCCUGGGUGCCAUCCAUAAUGAUAGCAGCCCUACAUGCUGGAGGGCCCUUGUGCAGCAUAUUCGUGGAACAUUUCGGUUGCAGGGCAACAGUGAUGAUGGGGGGAGUCUUGAGUGGAUUAGGGAUGGUAGCCAGCUCUUUUACACAUUCCAUCAUUGAGCUUUACAUUACUGCAGGAGUAAUAACAGGUCUAGGUUUUUGUUUCAGCUUCCAACCUGCAGUCACCAUCCUUGGUCACUAUUUUGUGCGCCGCCGUGCCUUCGCCAAUGGCAUGUCAUCCACGGGCACAGCUCUGGGCCUGUGCUUGCUGCCCUUCCUGGGUCACUACCUACACAGUGAACUAGGUUGGAGGGGGAGUUUCCUUGUGCUGGGUGCUGUGCUGCUUAACUGCUGUGUGUGUGGUGCUGUCAUGAGGCCCCUGGUGUCACGGAAACACAAAGAAGUCAAAGAAAAGAAAAAUGGCACCAAACCACUGGCUGAGGAGGGCUUUAAAGAACAGAUGUGGGUGGCGUGGAGGAGUUUAAUGUCCUCUUUCCAUCGCCACAUGGCCUUUGACCUGUUUUGCAGUAACCAGCGCUUUCGCGUGUAUGCACUUGGCAUUACAUGGAUGAUGCUGGGAUUUGUGGUUCCGCUGAUUUUCCUCGUACCUUAUGCUACAGACAACGGCAUUGAGAAGAGUCGGGCUGCCCUGCUGCUCUCUAUCUUGGGCUUUAUCAACAUCUUCGUGAGGCCGCUUGCUGGCCUGCUCUUUGGCCUUCCCUGGUUCAAAGGCCGCCAUGUUUAUGUAUUUUCAAGUGCAUUGCUACUGAAUGGACUGAGCAACAGCAUCUGCUGUAUUGCGCCCACAUUUCCAGUACUCUUGGCUUACGUGCUGACUUAUGGUCUGUCGAUGAGCGUGGUGGGCACACUGAUGUUCACUGUGCUCAUGGACAUAGUGCAGAUGAACCGCUUCCCCUCAGCACUUGGUUUGCUCGCUAUCAUGGAGAGCGUCACGCUGCUGAUUGGACCGCCUCUAGCAGGGUCACGGGGAACCUGGAGCUUAUCCCAGAGGAGACACCCUGGACAGGCAGCCUUGUGGACCGCACUGGUCUGUACAUGUAUGUUUUCCUCGCCUGCAGUAUCACAGUGGUCUUAUCAGCUUUGUUUCUCAUGGUGUCCUUCUACUUGCUGGACCGCCGUGACACAGCACUUAAGGAUGCAUCAUCGAAUCAAGUGUCAACAGUUACACCGGAAGUUCUCAUAGUGUGUGUGGGGGGAAAGGUCCAGGAACCUGUAAAAGAAACUGAAUGCACCACAACUGUAUGAACCGAGUACAUUGACAAUCAACAUCUGUGUUAGAUGAAUGAAACGUACGCACAUAAUUUGAAUACAAAUUGAUUUAUUUUCAAGGUUUAUUAUUAUAUCUGGGGCAUUUAACAAUAACACCAAUGAUGUACACUUUAAGUUUGUUUAAAAAUAUGAUGUGUAUUUGUCAGAUUGUGAGGGUUAUAUUGCUUUACAUUGCUAGAUCAAGCUUUGUGUUACACUAUUACACAUUUCCAAGCAUGUUCGUUUUUUUAUAUGCUAUUUUACAGUACGCUUGCCAAUAUGACAUUUGUCAAUGGCUGUUGACCUGAAUCUUAUCUUUCAGAAUGUUAAUGAUCACAUUACCUUAUUGGAUAUUGCACUUUUUCCAGCAGUUCGUCAGAGCGUUUUGGGGUUUACUAUUCUUUAUGUUGUUUACAUGUUUAUUUGUGUACUGCACCCCAUUAUGGAACAUUGCCAGUACUUCAGUGCUUCUAGGUCUGCACAAAUGGAAACCAAAUUUAGUCUGUGGCUGUAGUACCCUGCUCUGUUUUACAUUAUCAUGCUGUUAUUAUAUUUUAUACAGUUAUCAUCUGCACAUAGUCAAUCAGAGUAGACAAAGUUCAUAUCUCUUAGAUUUCUUCACAUUACAUGUCCUUUACAUGAGCUGUAUAUUAUAAGCACACACUUGUUUUACAGCUGAACGUUAGCUAGAGUCAGAUUGUGCGUGCUUCACUGUUAAUGCCUUAUCUAAUGCUAUCAGGGAACUGUACACAAAUCAAGUGCCGUAUGAAUGAAAAUAUUUAUGUAUUCCCAGAGCUGUUCAUCUGCACUGUACACCAAAGGUCCUGCUGGUUCUAGUAUAUUUUUAGAGAGUAUAUACAUAUUAUACACAAUAUAUUGGUCUAUAUGUAAAACAUUGGUCCUGUUGCCAUUGUUUAACACUGUGUACAUCUAUAGAUUGUAUAAGGUCAUAUGUUCUUUACAAGUCUUCUUUUCAAAUAAAUACUCUUUCAUUUCGAAUAAAAAAAGCGUAUUUCAGUUCAAA